GGGGCUGGUUGGCGGUUGGUGGAGUGUUUCCGGUUAGCGCGGGGGAUUGCGGGUGACCGUUGGGAACUGUUAGUUCGGGACCGUCACAGUCGGCGGGGCUGUGGAGAACGAGUCGCCAUGUCUCACACAAUUUUGCUUGUUCAGCCUACCAAGAGGCCAGAAGGGAGAACAUAUGCUGACUAUGAAUCGGUGAAUGAGUGCAUGGAGGGAGUUUGUAAAAUGUAUGAAGAACAUCUGAAGAGAAUGAAUCCCAACAGCCCAUCCAUUACGUAUGACAUCAGCCAGUUGUUUGAUUUUAUUGAUGACCUGGCAGACCUCAGCUGUCUUGUUUACCGUGCUGACACUCAGACAUACCAACCCUACAAUAAAGACUGGAUAAAGGAGAAGAUCUACGUCCUCCUCCGCAGGCAGGCUCAGCAAGCAAGCAAAUAAUGGGGCAGCCUCAUUAUGGGGUUUGGGGAGGGCUUGGACAACAGGUGUGUACAGUAGUAGAAGUUUUGUAUUAUAGUCAUCCUGUUGUCAUCUUGUUAAAUUCUAGUCAGGACUGAAUGUAUUGUUAGCGACGCAAGGAUUUUGUUCAGUUUGAAACCCUCUUUUUAGUGUAAAUGAAGAAGAAAAUGUAACAUCUUUGGUAGGGAUUUAACUUUGUUUCUCUCUGGUUAGCUAACAAUCCUACUUUUGUUCAACCCCCUAGGGCUGUUCAUAUGCUUUGCCAGAUUCACUGUAUGUGCCCUUCCGCGGGAUAUCCAACUAUUAGUUAUGUCAUUGAGACAAAAGACUUAGUGGAAAAUAAAAUGAAUACUCUUUAGUUAAAUAAUGUGUGUGCUGGACUUCUUAUCUGACUCCUAAAGCACUUUAGAGUAAUUUAAAUCUACUGGUCAGUGUGCUGUAUAACAGGGAUUGGAAGGCGUAUGUGGACUGAACUAUGAAAGAUUUUCUGUUGCAUAGUGUAUAGCUUCAUAUGAACAAACUUUUUCCUAAGUGCUGCAAAACAACAAGGUCGGUAAACAAAGCUGAUGUGUCUCUUGGACUGAGUGCUUAUCUCUUUGAGAGAGAGCCCGGGAUUUAUAUUAUUGCUGGUGAAAAUCUUUCCACUUACGGAGUAUAAAAGGAAAAGGUUUGUUAGUAUGAAGCUAUGUGGUAUGCAAGAGAAACUCUUUGAAACACCUGCUGAACAAUCUGGAAGGAGUGCAUUUUGGUUAAAGUAAUGCACAAUUUAAAAGGUCAACUAAAAUUCUUAAAUACUUUACUUAGUGGGUCAUGUGGUGACAAAGAACAUCAUGUUUAUAGUGGUGUUGCCAGAGCCACUCUUACAUUUAUACUAGAACUGGCAGUUCAAGAUCGUGGGGCUCUGAUUGCCAUGAAUGGGCUCACCUUUAUCUGUUGAAAGGUGCACAUUUAAUGUGUUUAUAAGCAAAGUAAACUAUCUAGGAAACAAACAGUGCUUGAACAUUCUGCUCAGUAUACUAAUAUAGUUAGAGAGAUAAGUGUUCUUUUGAGGCCCCAAAAAUGUAUUUUAAGAGUUCUGCUUUGGAAGUCUGUUCUUCAGGGAUGCUGCAUAGUAUGUAGCUUUCUUUAAGGUGAUUCCAGUGGAUUUUUUUUUUUUUUAAUUGGGCUUGGCCUUUCUUGCUACUUUGUGGGUAACGAGCCUGAAAUCUUUUUUUAAGGUGGCUUUUUUUCCUACAGCUUUCUUUAAACUUAGAAUAAUCAGGAAUGUCAAGUCUGGUCUUCCUUGAUCUUGUUGGACCAGUGGGAGCUCUAACACUUCAACUGAAGGGGUGAAGGUGUUGGGUCUGUAACAUAUUGGAGAAAAGGCAUUUUUGCUAAAUAGUGACUAUAAAUCCCUUCCCCUCUCAAUUGUUUAGGUUUCAGUCUUUGCUCUCAUGAGAGCAACAUUGCACUAGUUUUGAAGUCAUUUCUUCCAGCAUAGAUAGGACUUGAAUGUGUAAUGUGAAAAAUUUGGAAGGAAAACCUUUUAGGCCCAUAUACACAAUGAAUAAGUACAAAAAAAAAAAAAGCCCUUUUUCCUUUUGCAGGUCAUUUUGAGAAAACACAUAUUGGGGCCUAACUAUGAUAGCUAAAGAGUGAUUGCUCACCGGAGAAACAAAAUAAAGUUAAUUCACACACACUUUUUUUUUCUAUCCUUUCCAAAGACUAUGGCUUCUUCAGCAUGAGGAGUCAGCUACAGAGAUAAAAAUCAAACAAUAAAAUAGUUCCUGCUC